AUGGCACGAGCUCAGGGUCCAAGGAACCUUAUCUCAAAGUGCCCUGCCUUAUCAAUAGCCCAGAUUGCUCCGGAUCCGAUCCGGGGUUCAUCCGGGUUCCCGGGUCCCGGGACGGCGUUAGUGGAUACAUCUAACGGCAUUGUGGGCCCCGCCGUUGCCGACCCAAGUCGCACUCGAACAACGAUAAGUCCGGCCCGGUUCCGAGCCAUCGUUACACUGCAGACGGUGCUGGGACUUUAG